CUCCCAACCCCCAGCAGCCAAUCCCUCUCCGGAUCCCACGCCAUCUGCCUCCGCCUACUUCUUCUGAAUCUGAAUCUACGCGGUCCCUUCUCGGUGCUCACGGCUCACUCAGUCUACGACAAUGCUUUGCUUCCGGUGCAGGGCCAUGCCCUCCGCCCUAAGGACGUACUCGUCCCCGAUGUCCAUGUCGAGAUACCUCACCCCCAAAACCACAACGACAACACCUUUCAGCACUCUCUCCUCACCACUCCGACCCAUGACCAACUUCACCACCACCAUCCGUCCCCAACUCCCGACCCUAAGCAAUACACAACUCCCCUCCGCGGCCACGCCAUCCGCCCAACAGACCCGCUCUUUCUCCGCCAGUGCCUCCCUGGCCGGUAAGCGCGCGACCUACAAUCCCUCGCGACGGGUGCAGAAACGGCGUCACGGAUUCUUGGCCCGGGUGCGGUCGCGUGGAGGACGGAUGAUCAUUUUGCGGAGGAGGGCGAAGGGCCGCAAGUCGUUGAGUUGGUAGAUGGCUUAAGGGCGACAUUUUGGUUCUUGUGUGCUGGACGGAAGGGAAACUGCGUUGAUUGUCCAGUGGAUGAUAUACCGUCGGACAACAUGCGGCAUUUGUAUGAUGGGCUUGUUGGGCUAUUUGGUUUUGCUCCUUUUGUUCGUCAUUUGAGGGCUUGAGGCUUUCUUUGAUUCGUUGUCGGGGAAAAGGCUUUUAAUGCCUUGGAUAUAACGGGACGCGAUGGUCCUUCUGUACCAUAUACAAUACAUAGAUCUUUUUAUGUGCAAUGUGUUGGGCUUUUCUC